AUCGUAUUUUCCCCUGUUACUGACAUCCUUCAUUUGCCGACGUUUCCGGAGAAAUGACUCAAUAACUUUUACUUCCGGGUUGUUUUAGCAGUUUCCUCUAUUGAGCUAACGUGAGCUAGCCACCUUCUUUUUUUUUUUUGUUACCGUCAUUAGUUUGUUUAAGGAGAAAAGAGCUUCUCUUUCGUCUGGAAACUUAACAACAACUGCGUAGGUUUUUUAUAAAGCGCUGAGUCAAUAAUGCGUGAACACUGACAAUGACGUCUGACACGAAGGAUGUGGAUGGGUAUGUUCCUGCCAGAAGAUAACUGCAAUUACAAGUCAUCCCUUGGAAAUUCCCUUGAGUGGCAAAUAUUUUGCCUGUUCACCACUUAAUCCAUCAUGUCAUUAAUAAAGGACUCAGGGAGCCGAGGGAAAGAUCGAGAAAGGGGGGCCCGGCCGAAGGUGAGACAGAGCCGAUCAGAGGAGAGACGUGAUGCUGGCAGCGGAAGGAAAGGUGGAAAGGGGAAGAAGAAAGGCCUCAGUUCCCAUGAACCAGUGGCCGAGAGGCCUGUCAGUGAUGGGUUUGAGUAUGGAGAGCUGUUGAGUGACCUUGAGAGCAGGGAUCAAACGUCGUCCUCUCCUGUGAGGGAGAACUGGAGAUGGCAGGGUUUGGAAGUUGCUGCCUCAUUACUCGGACAAGAGCGGGUAACAGCAAGGCCAGGACCUGUUAGCUCUGCUACAGACUCGCCGGCCCCCAGUGAAGGUGAGGGAAGAGGGUCAAGCAGCAGUCGCACUCUCCGUCAAAAAAUCCAGGAUGCCAUGGGGCAGUGUUUCCCGAUAAAAUCCCACAGUGCGACGGCACCCGCACAACCUCCACAAGCUCUUUCAUCGUCAACUAUCUGUGCCUCCUCCAAGCGUAAAAUCCAUAUUAGUGAGUUGAUGUUGGACGACUGCCCUUUCCCUGUAGGGUCAGAGCUGGCACAAAAGUGGUAUCUCAUUAAGCAACACACAGCCCCAAUCACCCAGCCCCCUAUGCUCGAUUCUGCAGUAGUGUGCAGUGCUCCGUCUCCAGCCAUGGCCACUGUGGUGGAGGAUGUAGAUGACAGGUUGCGAGAGCGCAGGCGCAUCAGCAUUGAACAAGGUGUUGAGCCACCACCCAAUGCAGAGAUUCACACGUUUGAGGUGACGGCACAAAUAAACCCUCUCUAUAAGCAUGGCCCUAAGCUGGCACAUGGUAUGAAUGAGUUAGCUGGGGCUGACAGAGCGUCUGCUCAUCAACAACAGCAGCUUCUCCUCCAAAGACAGCAGCAGCACCAGCUCCUACUACAGAGUUGUUUGGAUACUCUGGAUGAGGUGGUGGCCACAGCCUCUGUCUCUGCCUCUGCCUCUGCCUCUGCCUCUGCCUCUAUCCACACCUGUGAUACUAUUUCUGACCCUCUGGUUGACCCAGAGGUUACAGCGACCAGCAUGCCUUCUAGAGCCAUACUUCCUCAGACGGAGAAUGAAAAAUCUCCUGACGGCUACCGCAUCCACACCCAGAUCGAUUACAUUCAUUGUUUAGUUCCAGACCUGCUGCAGAUCACCAACCUCCCGUGUUACUGGGGGGUCAUGGAUCGUUACGAGGCCGAGACACUGCUGGAGGGAAAACCAGAAGGCACUUUCCUUCUGCGCGACUCUGCCCAGGAAGACUACAUUUUCUCCGUUAGCUUCCGCCGCUACGGCCGCUCACUACACGCUCGCAUCGAACAGUGGAACCACAACUUCAGCUUUGACGUGCACGACCCCAGUGUCUUCCAUGCUCCUACAGUUACAGGAUUGCUGGAGCACUACAAGGACCCUAACUCCUGCAUGUUCUUUGAGCCACUGCUGUCCAACCCCAUCCACCGCACACAGCCUUUCACCCUCCAGCACAUCUGCAGAGCGGCCAUAAGCAGCUCCACGACCUACGAUGGCAUUAACAUGCUCCCCAUUCCAAAUGCUUUGAAAAAGCACCUGAAAGAAUACCACUACAAGCAGAGAGUACGAGUACGGCGAAUGGACACUUGGUGGGAAUGACGAACAUCAAAGAAAUAUAGACUAAAAGAAAAGACUAAAUACAUAUACAACGCUCCCUGAAGUGAACACUUAGACUUGUUAUUCAUUCUUAUCUGGCUGACACUAACCUACACUGCACUGUUCUUAUUUAUUUAAUUCUUGCUGUAUCUGUUUAACAAUUGUACUACACUCCAAUGAUGUGACACCAUGUAAUUUCACUUACCCUGUACACUAAAAGUUUUUUAAGCUCAAAUUAAACAAACUUAUCUAGA